AUGGCAUGGAUCUCUAUUCACUACAAAGUACUGGCAAGGCAACAGUUUGGGGCUCUCCCACUAAGAUCUGCAAUUGAUCUAACUACGUGCCUAACACAUGAUGUUGAGCAAGCACUAAAUCAAGGCAUGACUGCCUCGCUUCUUACCCUAGAUGUCAAAGGCGCAUUUGACGCCGUGCUCCCUGGCAGACUAAUCCGCAGACUACGCGAGCAGGGCUGGCCUACCAAUCUUGUUCUCUGGAUUGCCUCUUUCGCAACUGGGAGAUCAGUUCAGAUCCAACUCAAUGGAGAGAUUGGCCCCCCAACAGAUAUUAUCUGCGGCCUACCACAAGGAUCCCCAGUCUCUGGUAUUCUUUUCAUGCUCUACAUAGCGUCUCUAUUCCGCCUAGGAAACCCAAGGAACAGAUUUAGCUAUGCAGAUGAUGCAGCUGACCUAGCGAUCUCCCCAUCGCUUGCCACUAACUGCCAAGCCUUAUUAAACUCUCUUCAAGAAGCACUCAACUGGGGCGCCGCAGAGGGCAUCACAUUCACAUCAGAUAAAUAUAAGCUCCUUCACUUCUCCCAACAUAAAGCAGACCAGGAUCCUACCUGCACACCUUCACACAUUAAUGAAACAGCAUCUAAAGCCCUCACUAUGGCUAAUGCCCUUCGCUCCCUAGGGAAUACUAUUUGA